AUGUCCGAAACGCCAACCCAAAAGAGCCUCCCAGGCUCCUUAGUCUCGACGCAAAGCCAACUAGAAGCGUACGAUCCCAACGCGCCCUUCACGUUCAUCAACACAUUCAUCCUCCCGUCGUCGGACGUAGAGGAAGCGUUUCUGCACCAAUGGGCCAACGUCGCACGGUUCAUGAAGACGCAACACGGGCUGAUCUCUGCGCAACUCUACCGCGGCUGCCCGGACAAGGAUAACCGCAACAACAUCUUCACCAUGGUCGUGGUGUGGGAGUCGGUCAACGCGUAUCGGGAAAUGCUGCAGAAUCCGGAGCUGCAGAAUGUGCAUCAUGGGUUUCCCGAGGGGACCGAGGAGUUCUAUGUUAUGGCUACCAAGGUCGCGGUACCGGGGGUGUGCACUGCUUGA